AUAAAUUUCUAUCAGCCAUCUCAUUUGGACAUAAUUAAUGAAAGCUACAAACAUAACGUUCCUAAAGACUCUGAAACACAUUUCAAAGUUGUCAUAAUUUCAGACUUAUUCAAAGACAUAGGGCUAACCAAGAGGCACCAAAUGGUUUAUGAUGUUUUAAAGGAGGAAUUGAAAUCUGGAGUGCAUGCAUUAUCAAUUGUUGCAAAGACUGAACAACAAUGGCAGGAGUCAUCAAAGACAGUAGAACCGUCUCCACAGUGUCUCGGAGGAAUGAAACAUCAAAAAUGA